AUGCGCCCCCCAAUGCGAUCUAGCAUUGCCUGCACACGUUGCCGGAAGAGUAAAAUAAAAUGUGAGAAUACUGGCGGUACAAAUCCUUGUGACGGCUGCAUCAAGACGGGAAAACAGUGUAUCUUCAAAUUGCCCGAACCUGCACCUCCAAAGAGAGCCGAGCCACCUACGCUUGCCAGGCAGGAACGAGACGGAGGAUCUGAUAGGAAGAAGCUCAAAAAGAUAGACGAGAUAUCGAAAGGUGAUAAUCAAAAAGCAAGUGUUUACGCUGAGGAGGUACUUUCAGCACCUUUCUUAACUGAAGACCUGUGGGAGCAAGUAUUAGAUCUCUACAAGCUACAUUUCGCCCCGGAACUUCCCUUUCUACACUUACCCACAAUGAAGGAGAAAUUGGGGCGCAAGUUCAAAAAUCAACAGUCGGACGGUAACCCGGAUCUCAACUUCAACUUGGUGCUACUAGGCGUCCUUACUCUUACCGCACGCUUUCACCCAGACCUCGUCAAAUAUCUCGCCCAUAUUUGCAGUAACCAACCCGGCAACGCUAGGACUAGACCGGUUCAGACGCCGCUUGAUCCCGCUACAGCGUCUGAAUAUUAUGCCGACGUUCUUACCAUGGCUUUGGGUCCGAUACGAACGGCGAUGAAAACUGCCUCCGUCGAGAGGGUGGCAGCUUUUCUCAUGUUGGGAUUGUACGAGUGGAGUCAAACUCUGCCGAGGACGGGAGGACUAGGCGCUUGGAUGUACGUUGGUCUUGCCAUUAGGAUGGCACAGUAUUUAGGGCUUGGGUUUAGCGACUCACCCGACUCUCCCGACUCUCCUGACGACCAGUCUAAAUCUUUGUCUCAGAAAGCAUUAGAGAAAGAAGUCAGGAGGCGGACCAUGUUCAGCUGCUUUAUUCUAGAUCGCAUGCUCUCUUGCGGUAAGGAACGAGUGUCUAUCAUACAAUCAGAGGAUAUAAAAAUCCAACUUCCAUGCUCCGAGGAUAAGUUUGAUCUAGCGAUGGAAGCUCGCACGGGCUUCCUCAAGGAUAGAGGUCGGCAUGGCAUGGACGAUAGUGUACUCGCUCGGUUUAUUCAGUUGGUAGAUAUAUGGGGAGAGAUUUCGAAGUUUAGCUCAUCAGGUGGACGCCUCAACGACAAGGAAAAGGAGCACCCACCAUGGACUAAGGGGAGCACUUUUUAUCAGCUUUCCGAGAAGCUUGCAGAAUUCGAUGCGGAACUUCCCGACACUUUUACGUUUUCACGGUCCAACUACUUCAAGCAUGAAAACCACCAGGCUUCCAGUGUAUAUGUGCUGUUGCACAUGCUUAGGUGUGUCUGCUUAAUCAUGCUACACCGAGAAUAUAUACCCUUCGUACCUGUUCGGUGCAAAGAACCAGAAGGACCUCUCGAUAAACCCAUCUUUCAGGAGGACAAAUUCGGCCCACCUCCAAAAGACUUUUGGAUGUCUAGUGCGGAACAGGUAUUUAAGGCGUCCCGGGGGAUUAUUGAUUUAAUUGAGAUAUGCCAAAGGAAGGACAAGUUGCCCCAAUCAACCAUCGUCCUCUUCGCGAUCUGGACCGCCUCUUUUAUGGACACGGAAAAACACAUGUUGGAAUAUGAUUUCGAAACUACACGGCAAUCCGAAUCCGCAUCCGAAGUAUUUAGACGUGGGUCGAUGUCUAUGUGGCUCAAGAUGGCAUCUACAUAUGUGUUGAUUCUGCGGCAGAUGGACGACUAUUUCGGGAAUAUUAAGCGGGAUUACUAUAAAUUUGCGACAAAGAACCGUGGAAAUAAGGAAAGACCCUCCCGGGUUCGCGAAGGUGGCACUGGCGGAGGGGUUGAAGAAUAUAAGCCUUUGACCGGGAAGCUAAAAGACUUUGGGUUUCUCCAAAUUGAGGGUGAGAAUAUUGAGAGUCCACAUCGAACAUCGCCCAGCCCCAUGCCAUCACGAGGGAUGGAAGCUCCAGAUACGUCGACCAAGAGCAAAACACCAAAACUAGCUCCACCUGGAUCUUUUACGGCAAUCAAUCACACUCCAGUGGUGUCAGCCCCAGAUCAUCCGCCGCUCCAGGUCUAUACUACGUCGGAAGAACUACUGGAUACCACGGCCCUCGCCACCGAAGCUCACGACCGGCUUUUCUGGGAUAAUCUCAAGAAGGAAGAACCGCGCCGUAUCGGCACGAUAGGAGAUCUUGGUUACUUCUCGAGCGGAGACUCCCAACUCCCCAUGGCCGACAUGCCCUUUGGAGAUUCGACUUUAAUUCACGGCCUGCAAGAUUCGUCUUUCCAAUACCUACAGCAGAUGGCGGAGUUUUAA